GCCAGCCAUGCUGGGUGGGUGUCAGAGGCCCAUAAGUGGCUGCCAAACUUUUAAGAAUACAUCCCCCUUGUUUUUCAGAGUGUAUGUGCGUUGUUCCAGACGUAAGGUUUCAUUCAAAGUUUGUUUGAACAGGUUAAAUGUAAGGGGGUCUGUGCUGAUUCCAUCUGAGAAGAAUACAUUUCUUCGCUAUGUAGGAUAUCAUAGCAAUCAUCUUCAUGUGUGUGGGAUCCAGUGUUUUGUUCAGUUCUGUACCAAAAAGAUAACAUAUUGGUGUACAGUCCAGCGAGGUCCCCACAACCUUGACAGUCAGGUCAUGUACAUCCUUUAAGAAGUAUUUUAACUUUUUGCAUUCCCAGAAGAUGUGCAUAAUUGUCCCUAUACAUGUUUUACAACGAUGACAUCUUGGGGGUGAAUUUUGAAACAUCUUGCUUAGGCGGAGCGGAGUAAGGUACGUCCUGUGCAUAAACUUAUAAUUCUGUUCAAUUAUUUUGUUACAAGACAGUGAAAUAAAGACAUUCUGGUAAAUAGUAUCCCACUGGUCUUCACUAAGAUCACUUCUCAAAUCCUUCUGCCAUAUACUCUUCAGUGGGGUCAGGGAAGAGCUAUGAUGAUCUAACAGAGAAUUGUAGAUAACAGAGAUUUUACCUCUUAGUGACACGGAACUUGUCAAAACCUCCUCUAGGCAUGUAAAUCCCAAAGAUAGUCGUCCCUCCCCUUUCAGAAUGAUAAUUAGGGGAUAAUUUCAGGGACUUCCCAAUUGUUGGUGGCAGAUCUGGGUUUGAGGAUAAAAGGGCAAGCCCAGAGAUUCUGUCAGAAGUUCCGAAGAACUUUUUUACAUCUUGCCAAGCCCAGAGGGUGUUGUAGAUUAUAUAGGUUCUCGUUACACAUGCACUUUUGAACAAUAUCAACACUGAUAUAAGCUGUUUCUUUAAGGUUUAAUGCAGCCGAGAGUGCAAAAAGAAAUAACCGAGUCUCACGAUUCAAGUUGAAAAAAAUGUUUUUAAAAAAGUAUAACCUUGUGCUGGCGGAUGAAUAGUCUCAAGCUUAUCUAGGUGUUAUGUCUAAUACAUGUUCUUGAACAUUGUUAAUCUUCUUGUAAAGACCUGGCAGUUGACACUGAGCCACUGGAGGGGGAAAAAGGCAUGUCCAUACAGAUUGAAAGGCCCCUUCUGUGGAACAUUCCCUAUAUAAAGGCACCACAUGGACUUGAUUCUGACACUUGCAGUUGAAGCCAAGACAAGAUGUUGAACAUCAGCGAGCAAACGUCUCUGCAGAUCUUGCCCUCAAGGGCCUCGGGUCGCCUGCUGCAGCCUUUCUGGGACUAUUUGCUUCUGCACCACCUGCCCCUCAUCUCGUCUCCUUUUUUACCUGUCCUGCUCGCCUUCUCCAGCUAUUUCUUCUGCAGUAUCCCUUUUGCUGUGCUGGACCUGUUGGGAGAAAAAGUGCCUUCAUUCUAUCAGUACAAGAUCCAACCAGACAGGCAGCCAACAGUAGGGAUGAUGGUGAAGGGCUUCAUGACAGCGCUGUAUAACCAUGUAUUCUUUGUUCUACCAGCUGUGAUAAUCGGCAUGUGUAUCCUGCCAACACCAACACUACCACAGGAUGCUCCAGCUCUCUAUGAGGUUCUCAUUGAUGGACUGGCUGUGCUGCUUCUUUUUGACACUCAGUACUUUAUUUGGCAUGUCGUACAUCACAAGCAUCCACAGCUUUACCGCUGGAUCCAUGCAGUCCAUCAUGAAUAUAUGGCUCCUUUCUCCUGGUCCUCUGAGCAGCUCAGCAUCCCUGAACUGAUGACCAUUGGAUUCUGGAGCAACUUGGACACAAUUCUUUUGAAGUGCCAUCCGCUGACCACGUGGUGCAUCACUGUUUUCAGUGUUUGGAUGUCUGUGGAGGACCACAUAGGCUACGAUCUACCAUGGACCCUCAAUCACCUGGUGCCUUUUGGUCUGCUGGGCGGUGCACCUGCUCACGACAUGCACCACCAGAAACCUAGCAGUAACUUUGCUCCUUUUUUCAGCCACUGGGACAGAAUCUUUGGCACUGCGGCUCCUCUGAAGAAAAAAACUUUCAGGAAGAACAAGUGAAUGCAAUACCAAAUUGCAAGUUGCAGCAAUGAUUUAUGCACCUUCACACAUGUCAAUUAUUUGUCAACAUCUAUUUAUUAUCAAGGCUUUAAUGUUAAACCACUUGCUACCUCCUUGCUGCUCUUCAAUGUUUUCUUUGUGAGGCUGCUUUGCUUCCUCUGCACUCUCCUUAUAAAAUACAAAAAGUUGUUAAAUUCUUUUUUUAUGGCUGUUCAUUUAAUAAAAUCAUGUUCAUGUUC